AUGAGUGGAAGAUAUUUGACUGAUCGCGAACUGGAAGAAGCUCUUUAUGAGGAUGACGAUGAUUUGUGUAGGGAUUACAUAGACCCAGAUUUGGAAAGCUCAGACGAAGAAUCCGAAGUCGACCUAGGUGAACAAGAUCAGGAUCGCUUUUUUGAAGAAACAGAAAAUGAGUCAUCUUCUCAAAAUUCUCAGUUGGAGCAGCACGAAACCAUGGAUGAGGAUUCAGCCGAAGAAAGUAGUGAUACGGAGGGAAAUAAUGAUGACACUAUAGCAAGACGUCGUCCACGACCUAAAGGUAUAAUAGAUCAAACCAGUUCUGACAUGGUUUCUGUAUCAGGUCUGACAUGGAAACCUAAACCCAUUACUCGACGAAUGCAAAUAGCUGCCAAUCUAAUGAGAGAAGCACCAGGUCUAAAAAACGGAAUAAAUCCUAAGCUGCCAAUUGAAUCGUUCCGGCUCUUUUUCGAUGAUGAUAUCAUUGAUUUUAUUUUGCAAUAUACGAAUGAGAAACUCGCCCUUGUAAAAGAAAGCACUCCGCAAUCUGCUUUCAUACAAAAAUCAAGAAGUUUUGAAAAAGAUGAAAUAUUAGGAUACAUGGGAUUUUUGAUAACAGCAGGUGCUUACAAGCAAAAUAAAGAUCCACUUAUCGACUUAUUCAGUGAAGAGAAUUUGCCAAUUUACAGGGCUACGUUUUCACAUUCUCGUGUCCAACUACUACAAAAAUGUAUGAGGUUUGAUGAUCAAGCUACUCGAGGUAUUCGUAAAGAAUAUGACAACUUUGCUGCAGCAAGAGAUAUUUGGGAGCGAGUGACAAGCAAAUUUCCAGACUUUUUGGCUCCUUCAGAGUCAGUUGUAAUAGACGAGGAGCUUAUAACCUUUCAUGGAAGAUGCAAAUUUCGUUUAUAUAUUCCUACCAAACCUGGUAAAUACGGAAUUGAAGCUAAUGUGCUGUGUGAUUCAAAAAAUUACUAUUGUUUUGCUGCAGAACCAUACGCUGGAAAAGUAAUAAAUCAGCCCAAAGAUUACAAUAGUGGUCCGGCAGUUGUAAAACGUCUUGUAGUAUUAGCAAAAUUGCAUAACAGUGGUCGCAACAUCACAAUGGACAGAAAAUUUACAUCUCUUCCAACAGCAAAUGCUUUGUUAGAUCAAAAUCUUACUGUCGUGGGAACGAUAAUACAAGUUAAGCCCGAAACAUCCCAGCGCAGAGUAGCGAAUGUUAAAGAACAAGAAGAAAUUAAAACAGAAAUACUUCAGGAAGAAGAAGAGGAUGUUAAUGAAGAUCCAUGGAAAAUUAAAAUACAAGAAACAAGAGGGAAAAUAAAUCUUCCGAGAAAGGGAAGGAAAAAAAUAAUAAAAAUGGAUAAAAAAGCAAAGUAA